UGGCCAUUUCAGCAGCCCUGAAGCCUCCCAAAGAGGCGGCCCCGGGGGGGACACACGACCCCCCGUGCACCCCAAACCAGCGCUGACAUAGUGCCACACCCGUGUCCGUGGCGUGUGCGUGGAGACCCGCCGGCAUUGCCGUGGCGUGGCGGCCGCGUCGCCGAGCGGACAGCAUGGGGGGCCCAAACUGGUGCCUGCUGGUGGGGCUCUGCGCCCUUGUCCCCCCCAUCACCACCCACGGGGGACGAGAAGAGGACGUGACACCCAACACCGAGCCGGAGGAGCUGGGGUACCACCUGGCCCAGGAUGGGGACCCCCUCCGGGACCCUCAGCACUGCGGCAUCACCUUCCGCACCCCCAGCCCUUGCAGCCCCCCUGGGCCGCCCCCCUCCAUCUCCCGCCAUGAGCUGGAUCAUCUCAAGGACCUCUUGCAGGACACCAGGGCCAGCCUGAGGGACCUGGAGACGGCGGCCACGCUGGAGGACAACCAGACCCGUUACCAGGACGUCAUCACCGAGGCGCUUCCCGCCAUCCGGGGGGCCAACCUGGAAUUUCGGGAGAGCCUGGAGAACGUCCGCAAGGAGCUGGAGGCUCACGUGGCUGAGACUGAUCACCCACAGGUGGCGGAGAAGAGGGAGAAGCUGCGGAAGGAUGUCCGGGUGGUGGCCCACAUGCUCCGUCUCACCAGCCAGCUGGCCCACAGCCUCGAGGCCACAGCCCACCAGCUGCACGCCGAGCUGAGCCAGCGCCUGCGGAGCUCGGCCACCCACGUCACCGCUGUCACCGAGCCGUAGGACAGCGGGACGGGCCCCGUGUCACCCCACGCAUGGCCUUGCUUGCUGGUAGGACCCCAACCCGCCUCAUCUCCCCGGCUUUUGGGGUGUCCGGGCUCCUUGUCCUGGUCCUGGGAGUCGAGGCUCUGCAUGGGGGUUUGUGAAAUGGUUGGGCUGGAGGUGGCAGUGCCAGGAGGGGACAGGAGAUGCUGCCUGCGAUCGGAUUCCGUCGCACGUGUGGGGCCAUCACAUGUGAUGCCACUGUAUACGUGGUGCCAUCACAUGUGUAAUGCCAUUGCACACGUGGUGCCAUUGCACGUGAUGCCAUCACACACGUGAUGCCAUCAUGCGUGUGAUGCCAUCACACGUGAUGUUAUAAAAGGUGAUGACAUCGCAUGCAGAUGCCGUUGCACAUAUGACGCCAUCGUGUGAUGCCAUUGCACGCGUGAUGUUGUCACAUGGGUGAUGUCAUUGCACAUGGGACACCAUCACACACACAAUGCUGUCACACGUGAUGUUGUCACACGGGUGAUGCCAUUGCACAUGGGACACCAUCACACACACAAUGCUGUCACACGUGAUGUCGUCACACACGUGAUGCCAUUGCACAUGGGGCACCAUCGCACACACAAUGCUGUCACACAUGUGAUGCCGUCACACGUGUGAUGCUGUCACACGUGAUGUCACACACAUGGUGCCAUUGCACACAAUGCCAUUACUCACAUGAUGCCAUCACACACACAAUGCCAUCACACACGCAAUGUCAUCACACACAGAAUGCUAUCGCUCACACGAUGCCAUCACACACACAAUGCCAUCACACACGCAGUGUCAUCACACACAGAAUGCUAUCGCUCACACGAUGCCAUCACACACACAAUGCCAUCACACACACAAUGCCAUCACACACACAAUGUCAUCACACACACAAUGCUAUCGCUCACACGAUGCCAUCACACACACAAUGCCAUCACACAUGCAAUGUCAUCACACACACAAUGCUAUCGCUCACACAAUGCCAUCACACAAUGCCAUCACACAUGCAAUGCUGUCACACACAUGACGCCAUCGCACAUGUCACACAGCAGAGCCCGCUGCCACCACGUGUCCCCAGCCCCCUCCCUGGGCAAACCCUCUGCGGGGGCUCCGUCCCAGCCCCUCUGCUCCCCUCGCUCCUCUUUGACCCUGAGCUCUGGAAUGUGGUGCCUCUGGCUGGGCAGGGUGGAGGGGAUGGGGAUGGAGAUGAACCGCUCAGUACUAAACUGAAGCUGGCACCUCUGCUACUCUCAACCCACUGAGGUUUGGGCAGCGGCAAAACAGCUGGAAGCAAACAAAUCCCUUCUUGUUGGUAAGCCACGAGGUUGGAGGGAAGGUCCAGGGCCACCCCAGGGCGCCCCGGCCCCCCAGUGCCCCCCGAGCGGGGCGGGAGGCAGGAGCAGCCCCGGGCAGCGGAAUAAAGAUGCAUUGCGCUCGG